AUGGCCUCUGAACGUUCUGCACCUCUCCGCCUGGGCUCGAUUGCCCCCAACUUCCAGGCCGACACCACCAACGGCCCAAUCGACUUCCACGAGUUUAUUGGCGACAACUGGGUCAUCCUUUUUUCCCACCCCGAGGACUACACCCCCGUGUGCACGACCGAGCUCGGCGAAAUGGCCCGUCUCGAGCCCGAGUUCGCCAAGCGCGGCGUCAAGCUCAUCGGCCUCUCGGCCAACACCCUGGGCAGCCACGAGGGCUGGAUCAAGGACAUUAACGAGGUGACGGGCUCGCUCGUCAGCUUCCCCAUCAUUGCCGACAAGGAGCGCAAGGUGGCCUACCUCUACGACAUGAUCGACUACCAGGACACCACCAACGUGGACGAGAAGGGCAUUGCCUUCACGAUCCGCUCCGUCUUCAUCAUCGACCCCAAGAAGAUUAUCCGCACCAUCCUGUCGUACCCGGCGUCGACGGGCCGCAACAGCGCCGAGAUCCUUCGCGUCGUCGACUCGCUGCAGACGGGUGACAAGCACAAGGUCACAACGCCGAUCAACUGGGUGCCCGGCGACGACGUCAUUGUGCACCCCACCAUCAAAGGCGACGAGGCCACCAAGCUGUUCCCCGAGAUGCGCGUCGUCAAGCCGUAUUUGCGCUUCACACCGCUGCCCAAGGCUGCCUAA